AUGAAUAAAAUUUUUAAACUGCAAUUCUUCGACGAAAUCAGGAUAGUUAACCCCGCUCCACAUAGCAUUGAAGAUUUGCGACGAAAAGCAUCUGAACUUUUUGGUCUUUCACAGCCAGUAUUUACUUAUAAAGACCAAGAAAAACAAGUAAUUACAGUAGACACUCCAGAAGAAUACUCAGAAAUAAGAAAAAUCCGCAAAAAAACAGUCAACAUACAUGCAUGAGAAAAAGCUGAUUUGAAAAGAAAAAGAGAACUAUUCAGGCUUCAAUUCAAAUAUAUGCAGCCUAUGGAAAUUAUGCCUGAAAACAAUGGAGAAAGAACCAAUAAUUAUCAGCAAGGCUUGCCAAGGACAAGAGCGACUAACUCUUCACGAUUAAACCCAAUAAAAAUCGAAGAUUCUGAUGAAGAUACAAAUAAUCAAGCUAAUUUUUCUGUAGAUGAAGCACCAAUGAAAUGCAAAGAAUGCCAUGGAGAGAUAAGCGAUGAAAAUAUUGCUGUCAGAUGUGUAGGGUGUAAUGAUUUCUAUCAUUUAGAAUGCCUUGAUUAUAGGAGACAACCUCAAGGAGAUUGAUAUUGCGAUCCCUGCUCUGAGAUAAAAAAAUGGCAUGGUGAGUUGGCCUAUCUUCUUAACUCCUGAGGCUGGAAGGCUUAUUGGGAAAGCAGGGAACCUUAAGAAGAGUGCCCGGCUGGGUUUUAUUUGGUUUGGUGGAGCUCAAUGCCCAAAGUAGCCAAUCGCAUGAUCAUAUCAGGUAAAGGUUUUACCCCAUGGGGAGAUGAAGCUUGGUGCUGGAAAGAGGACGAUCAGUAAGGCUAGUACUGCACACUUAGCCAAUAAGGCAAAUCUCUAGCGUUAUACCAUACGAUGAGUCCUGGGCUUUGAGCUCCAUUUUGGUCGAAAACUCGCCAAAAAUAAUCGAUGUUUAGAAUUUUCUGAAGGCGAAUCCUGUUGAGCAUGGCAUGCGACCCAAUGCUUCUGUCUCUCAGAUAGCGAGCUCAAUACUUCAUCCAUGAGGAGCAACACAGUGGAAGGCCAUGUCCAGACUGUCAAGCAAGCGCUGGGGCGAUAUGCAGAGGCGAGUAAUGAUCUGCGAGCUUCCAGGAGGCUUCUCUUUAAAUAAUUUAGCAAUAACAAUCUCUGCUCUGAGUUAAUGCUAAAUGAAGACGAGCAAGAUAUGAGGAGAAGAGUGAUUAUAAGAGCUAAAAGAGCUCAAUACGCUAGAAAGUAG